ACGCGUGUGCAUAGCUUCGGAGAGAAGCGCAUGGCUUGGGGGAGAGAAGUAUGCACGCAGUCGAACAGCGCCUGUUGAGUGUGGGACGUCUACCAAUCUUCGUCUACUACAAUACCGUCUCUCCCCUCCUCAAGACAAUAUCCUAUAGGCUCAGUGUGGAAGGGCCUUUAUGCAUUAAAACCAAUAAUGUGAGAACCCGAUGCAGACCUCGUGUCAUGGACGUUUAAUUGUAACAACAGCUCAAUUUGAUUUGUGUCGUACAUUUUCUUAACCGGCGGUGAAAUCAUCGAUUCACACUAACCUACUGAUACCUGGAUUGAGAUGCGGCAAUGUUCCGAGCAAUAUGCACACGUGUAAACUUCUGCUGGAUUUGGCUGGCUGUUCUGUUUCUGCUGAAAGUAGAGGAUGUUGACGCGUACAGCUGUCAUGAGGUGAAGACCGCUUUCCAGGUGCGACAGAUCGGUCCGCUGAAGUGGGUACCGGAGACACCUGGAACAGAUGUGGAGCUGUUGGUGUGUAAGCACCAGGGCCCGUCCUGCUGCACCCGCAAGAUGGAGGAGAGCUACCAGGAGGCGGUGAGACGAGAGACCCUCCAGAAUGUCCGCUCCUACAGCUUCGAGCUGAAGUACCUCAUCUCCGGCCACGCCAUUGCCUUCCAGGACACCUUCCAGUACCUGCUCUCCUUCUCCCAGGGCCACCUAUCCUCCCUGCUAGAGGACACAUACUCGCCCCUCUCCCGGGAGACCCUCCCCCAUGUCAACACCCUGUUCUCCUCCCUCUCCCUCUACAUCCGCGGACACAACCUCUCCCUCGAAGCUGCCGUGGCCCGUUUCCACGACAACCUCUUCCCGCUCGUCUACGGGCGCCUGGUCAACCCGGGCGUGGGCGUCCAGGGUGGUUUGUCCGGCGAGCGGGGCGAGUGUCUCCGCGCCACACGGCAGGACGUCAACCCAUUCGGCCCUCACCCCGAAGUGCUCGCUCAGGAAUUGGGGCGCACCCUGGGCGCCGGGCGAGCCUUAUCCCUGGCCCUCGCCGAGGGCACCGAAGUCAUGAACGCCACCGAACACGUUUCCUUCACCAAAGAGUGUUUACGUGGCUUGACCAAGAUGCAGUACUGCUCGCACUGCCGUGGGCUGACGCUGAUCAAGCCGUGCGUGGGCUACUGCCUGAACGUGAUGCGCGGGUGCUUGGCGAGCGUGGCUGAGCUGGACGGGCCGUGGCGGCGGUAUGUGGCGGCUCUGGAGGAGCUGACCAAUGCUGUAGCCGGACAACACAGCCUGGAACUGGCCCUGCUUGGAGUCAGGGGGCGCGUGAAUGAGGCCAUACUACACGCUCAGCUCCAUGGGCCCACGCUGACCGCUACGGUGGACAAAGUGUGUGGUCGGUCAGCCAAGGAGCCCCGCACCAGCAUCCACCCUGACCCCGCCCCGGAGGCCACGACCUCCACGGUGACAUCAUCGACCGUCCCUCCCUCCGACCCCCCCUCCAUCCCCCCACCAGAACAGCUGAUGGGACAACUUGCCCACCUGAGGAGUUCAUUCCCCCUGAAACCCUCCAAGAACGAUAAACCUAGAAGUCUGAAAAAGAUCUCUAGGGAGUUUCUGAGCUACAUCCAGCGCUAUAAGUCAUUCUUUGCCGUGCUUCCAGAGAUGCUGUGUGAGGGAGAGAUGGUGGUGGACGACUUUACCUGCUGGAGCGGAGACGACGUGGUGGAGAGUUAUACAGGCAGAGUGGUGGGGAACGGUCUCCAGGCCCAGAAGCAGAACCCCGAGGUCAAAGUUCGCAGCCCAAACCCCGAACUGGCCGAGGUGAAGGAGAGGCUGGAGCGCUUCAACCAGGAGAUUCAGGACAUGCUGCCAGGGCUGGGCCAGAGCGAGUCCUGGGGGGAGCCGGGUAGUGGCGACACAGAGGAUGGCAGCGGAGACUGUGACGAUGAAGACGGGUGUCAAGGGUCUGGAACGGGGAUGGUCAGGAGCUCCCCUGAUGGUCGACCAGAGGUUUCCAGCGACAAACCCGUAGGAAGUAACCCUGGUGGUCGUGCUCCCCCGGUGGUGAGGCUGAGAGGUGCAGGGUGCCCCCCUGCCUGUCUGUCUCUACCCACGGCCCUCACCCUCCUCCUGGUCACUCUGGCUCUACAGUGGAGCAUGCUGUGAUCAAAUCAUAGUGCCCCCUACUGACCUGGCCCCAUCCACACACACAGUGGAGACUACACCCCUACACCACCUCCUAUGUACCCCAACCCCAAUGCACAGACUGGACUGGGGUAAAGGAAGGAGGAUGGGUGAAGAAAUGCGAAGAGGACGGAGAGAGAGGGAGGAGGGGGUGAAGAGAGAAGGAGAGAGAGAGAUGUGUGUGUGUGGGGGGGGCUCCUCACAGGCAGAUUGUUACAGUACUCAGCCUGCUGCUUCCUGUGUGUAUGCUGUGGACUAGUCUCCCUCCACAGCUCUCCUGCUCUCUGCUUUAACAAUGCUCUCACAUUCUCUACCACUGGGACGGACUACCACAUGGUGGGACGGACUACCACGCUGUGGGACGGACUACCACGCUGUGGGACGGACUACCACACGGUGGGACAGACUACCACGCGGUGGGACGGACUACCACGCUGUGGGACGGACUACCACACGGUGGGACGGACUACCACACGGUCGGACGGACUACCACACGGUGGGACGGACUACCACACGGUGGGACGGACUACCACACGGUGGGACGGACUACCACGCGGUGGGACGGACUACCACGCGGUGGGACGGACUACCACGCGGUGGGACGGACUACCACGCGGUGGGACGGACUACCACGCGGUGGGACGGACUACCACGCUGUGGGACGGACUACCACACGGUGGGACGGACUACCACGCGGUGGGGACGGACUACCACGCUGUGGGACGGACUACCACACGGUGGGACGGACUACCACACGGUCGGACGGACUACCACACGGUGGGACGGACUACCACACGGUGGGACGGACUACCACGCUGUGGGACGGACUACCACGCGGUGGGACAGACUACCACGCGGUGGGACGGACUACCACGCGGUGGGACGGACUACCACGCGGUGGGACGGACUACCACGCGGUGGGACGGACUACCACGCGGUGGGACGGACUACCACGCGGUCGGACGGACUACCACGCGGUGGGACGGACUACCACGCGGUCGGACGGACUACCACGCGGUGGGAUGGACUACCACGCGGUGGGACGGACUACCACGCGGUGGGACGGACUACCACGCGGUGGGAUGGACUACCACGCGGGACUUCUGGGCCUCAAUAUGCAAAACUCGCUCACAUACUCACGUGCACGCUUUCACACACACACACACCUAAACUAACGCAUAUGCAGGCAAGCAUGCAUACACUUGCGCACGCACACACUUUUCAAUCUGCUGCUGGUUUUCUGUGUUGUCAGCUACAGUACUUACCUCUGUGGAUACUUUUCAUCUUUAGCCAAUCUUCUCCCGGGUUUCAACGCCAUUGGGCAGAGUUCUCUCGGCUGUUUAUAUGCUCUAAAGGAUUAACACACAUAAGAAAUGCAUGCUGGAUGAAUAAUACAAUCCCUUUCCCACCAGGCCAGCGUAGCCGAUUGGACCCACUCUAAUUGAUUAAUCCUAAUCCACGUCAUCAUUUUGUAUUGCCUGUUGCUGCAGGAUUAUUUUCCUUCUGUGGCAAACUGACUCAGAUGAGGACCCCAUGUCUGAAUGCAACAGUAGAAUGUAUCGAUCUCAUUGGUAGAGAAGGGCAGGGAACGCACACGCUCAUCAGACGCUGCAUGCGUGUGUGGGUGGCCAUGUACCGUGUAUAGACCGAUCGAUUUGUUUGAGUAUAUUUAGAUAUCGUUCUAUCGAGCUCUCCCAACAUCAGCCCUUUACCGAUAGAGUUGAAUGGAUGAAACGAGCCUGAAUAGAUUCUAUUUUUGUUUCUAUUUUCGUUUCCUGAAUAGCUUUGAAUGAACUGUGCUUGUCCCUGGAUUAAAUGCAACGCAAUGCAAUAGUAUCAGAGAUAUAUUUUGUAUCACGACUAUACCAAGAAUGUACACGUGUCUUUUGGUACACCAACAUGCUACGUGAAGUGUUGGCAACCUCCUUUCACCAGAAACCAUCGGUCAAAGCCUGUUUGUACAUUGUCGAUUCACUAGUGUUCGUCGUUCGUCCACUUUCGUUGUCGUUGUCUGCGUUUCGCUCUUUGAAUUGCACAUAUGCAUGUCUACCCUUCAUAGUUAUCAUUGUUUUGUUACGUUAGUAACUUGAGACCGUGUACUGUAUUACAUUGCAACAGUCUGUUACCUCUACGGGGAAAAGAAAAAAAACAACAUUUCAUGCUACUCUGCACCUCUCUGUUUUGUCUCCUCUCGCUCGCUCUCACUCAUCUGUCUCUCUUUUCCAUAACCCAUCUAAUUGCUUUAGUUCUGUUUGGACAAGGUGAUCAAAAGAUGUAACCAGCUUAUUCUACAGUUACCAUAUUAACCCAUAUUUAGGAUAACGACCGUUGGACAAAACAUUAUAUCACUCAUGCAGAAACAUACACAAUGCAGUUACAUACACGGCAGGGCAUUUCUAUCGCUUCGUCAAAAUAUUCAGUCAAACUUGUUGUUUGAUUUAAUAUUUUGAUUGAAGUCUGUUUUUUUAUUUUUUUUAUUUUAGAAGGGAAUGUUUCUUCGGUUGGUACCGUAGAGGUUUGUACACUUGGAAGUGAUUAAAACCAGCAGAAUGAAUGUCUCAAAAAACACAGAUGUUUAUACUGUUGAGGCCAGUCGGUUUCUGCUGACCCACGGGAUCUGAGGAGUAAAAAACGAUGCUACAUUUAGCCUACACCUGGUUCAUGUGCAAUGGGGCACGCAAAGGAAAGUGAAAAUGAGACGUUAUCAUGACCUCUUUUUUUUUUUUUUUUUUUUACUUUUUUUUUUUUCUCGCUGCCUAAAUGAACACAACCCUCGCCUCCUCUUUCUGCUGACAAGGGCGUGACCUAUAUUGGGCGAAAAGUACUUUACUGGUUCUCCAAAGUUGGAGUGGUGCAUUGCUUCCCGCCGCAUCUGUAUUGAACUGAGUUGGCCUCAUGCAAAGUUGUGCCGACAGACAUUUUGUUUUCAGGCCACAUUCAGAGCUGUACUGCCGACACAUCACCUGAUUCACUGUCCUCUCUGCUGCAUUUCCCAUCUACCAUUUCUUUAACUCGCAUCCAAUGCAUUCAGAUCACUUCCUAUAGCAUGUGUAUAAAUGUAUAUAUUUUAAGUCCCUCUCCAUUUGUGGUUUCAUUUCCUUUCUUUUAUAUUGGAAACAUCACAGUGUAAGAAAUGUGGUGUUGUAAAGGUAUAUCACAUUUAUUCUACUAUAAUGCUGGACUGAAGAUUUCCCCCCCAUCAGCAAGAUUACUAUCGUAAUGGCCAUUGAGUGUGAAUGCAGUGGACAUUUGCCUGACAACUGAUAUCGGCUCUUUCUCAAUUCAUCUUUCUCCUAUUCAUUGUAUCCUCUCGCCACGCCUCAAACCGCUUUGGAGAAGGAAGCGAGCGGAGGGACCUUGGACCUUCUCCAAUAGGGUUGAGAAGGUGGUGAGGAAUCCCGGGGAAGGACUAGUUAAGAUAGAGCCGUUGUUCUCAUCCUAUGUGACUUAUUCCUUAUUAAAGGGCUCCCACUGUUA